AUGCCAUCUGUAUCUACCAUGAGGGCCCCCAUUUGUCUAGUGGAAAACAUGAGGGAGCAGCUGAUGGUGAAUUCAGAAGCCUUAAGGAUUCUUGAAAAGAUAUCUCAACCUUUGGUAGUGGUGGCCAUUGUUGGGCUGUGUCGUACAGGAAAAUCCUACAUCAUGAAUCGUCUUGCUGGACAGAACAGUGGCUUCCCCCUCGGAUUCACUGUGAGGUCUCAAACCAAGGGCAUCUGGAUGUGGUGCCUGCCCCACCGCACCAAGCCAAACCACACACUGGUCCUUCUUGAUACUGAGAGCCUGGGUGAUGUGGAAAAGCUAAUAAGGACAAAAUGCAGCCCCAAACCAGAUGAAGUAGAGGACUCUGCAGAGUUUGUGAGUUUCUUUCCAGACUUUGUCUGGGCUGUUCGGGAUUUCACUCUGGAGCUGAAGUUAGAUGGGCACGACAUCACAGAAGAUGAGUACUUGGAGAAUGCCUUGAAGUUGAUUCCAGGGCUGGGGACACUGGUGAAGACCUACGUGGAUGCCAUCAACAGUGGAACAGUGCCUUGCAUGGAGAAUGCAGUGACCACCCUGGCCCACCAAGAGAACACAGCCGCUGUGCAGAAGGCAGCCGACCACUACGGUGAGCAGAUGGCGCAGAGAUUGGGGCUUCCCACAGACACUCUCCAGGAGCUGCUGGACGUGCACACAACCUGUGAGAGGGAAGCCAUUGCGACCUUCAUGGAGCUCUCCUUCAAGGAUGAAAAUCAGGAGUUCCAGAAGAGACUGGUGGGCACCAUAGAGAGAAAGAAGGAAGAUUUUGUCCUGAAGAAUGAAGAGGCAUCCAUCAAAUACUGCCAGGAUGAGCUGAAGAAGCUUUCAGAGCCCUUGAUAGAAGGCAUUUCCAGAGGAGCAUUCUCUGUUCCUGGAGGGCAUAGUCUCUACUUAGAAGCCAAGAGGAAGGUGGAGCAGGACUACCAGCUAGUGCCCAGGAAAGGAGUGAAGGCAAAUGAGGUUCUCCAGAGCUUCCUGAAGUCCCAGGAUACUAUACAGAAAUCCAUCCUGCAGUCAGACAAAGCCCUCACAGAAGGAGAGAAGGCCAUCGCAGCUGAGAGGACCAGGAAAGAGGCAGCUGAGAAGGAACAAGAGCUAUUAAGACAAAAACAGAAGGAGCAAGAAGAAAUGAUAGAGGCUCAAGAGAGAAGCUUCCGUGAAAACAUGGCUCAACUGCAGGAGAAGUGGGAAAUGGAAAGGAAGAAUAUUCUGAGAGAGCAGGAAAGGAUGCUGCAGCACAAGCUGAAGGUGCAAGAAGAACUGCUUAUUGAUGGAUUUAAACAGAAAUCUGAGGAAUUAAAUAAAGAGAUAAAUCAACUACAAGAAGAGAUUGAAAUAAGUAAAAACAAGAGCCCCUCAAUAUUUUCACAGUUCCUUGAUACACUUGGCACUGUAUUUAUUGCAGUACUACCUGGGGCUGCUUCUAAGAAGUACAGUGGAUUUUCCAAGGAACCAGCAGCAGGAGGAAGCUCGA